CCUAAAAAGAACAUUUACAGAACAUUCUCUAAUGGUUAUUCAUAGGUUUUAUUUUUCAUUAUUUUUCAAUAUCAUAUAGACCAUUUUUCAUAAACUUUUUAGAGAGGUUCAUAGAGAACAAUGACAUAAGUGCUAUGCAGCGUUUAAAACGCGUUCGGUGUGAACGGACCCUUAACAGUGACAAGCACUAAUGGUGUAACUUUGAAUUUCUCUGUAAUUCACCAUGUAUUACUGCACUGUAAAUAAUAUCUACAGUUAGAUCCGACUCACACUGUCUCUGGCAGGAACGUGUGUAUCUGGCAAACGUCAUAUGCUAUGCAACUCUCCCUGCGGCUUUCGGGCGGUGUGUGUGUGAGUGUGUGUGUGUGUGUGUGUAACGGGAGAUUCAGCUGGACUGCAUUGUUAACAGGUUGACAGUGUUAUUGGUCCUGCAGCCACUCUCAUAAUGCACUGUGUUUUGGGAAGCUCCGUCUCUUGACAUCGGUUCGCAAAGACUGUUUUCACAGCGGAGCAGUUCAAAAUGUAGCACGUAUGUAGAAGACGGGAAAAUCCCAGGUGUAGCUGUGUAUGUAAUUUUGAUCAAAAGGGUUGGGCAGAUCAGGAAAAAUGCGGAGAGAUGCAGACCAGGCAAUGACUCUGAUGUGGUUCCUCUCUUGGGUCGUAUACAGCAUGUGUCAUUCUCCACCAGGAAGGCCCAGACUUACAAGAUGUCGGUCCCCUGAGAAAGAGACCUUUACUUGCUGGUGGGAGCCUGGAUCAACUGGCGGAUUACCAACCAGCUACCACCUGUAUUACAGAAAAGAGAGCUCCGUGGAAGUCUUUGAAUGUCCAGAUUAUCAUAAAGCAGGAAACAAUUCCUGCUAUUUUGAUAAACGACACACAUCUAUUUGGAUCAUAUACAACAUCACAGUGGUGGCCUCCAAUGCACUGGGGCAAGCCUACUCAGAAUCUGUGGAAAUAGAUGUUAUGGAUAUUGUGCAGCCUCACCCACCAGAGAAUGUGAAUGUGACUUUGAUGCAGAGUGAGAACAGCCCUUACUUCCUGGUGCAGUGGCAGCCCCCCCAGGACGCAGACACGCGUUCAGGCUGGGUCACAAUUAAAUAUGAAGUUUGCAUAAAAAUAGAGAACAGUAGAGGCAAGGAUGACAAUGAGUGGGAGUCAUACAGUGCUGGAAAACAGUUGGAUUUGAGCAUUUACAGUCCUCAGCCAGGAGCAAACUACAUCGUGCAAGUGCGCUGCAAACUAGACCAAGGACUGUGGAGUGAAUGGAGCCCCUCCGCUUUCAUCCAGAUUCCAGACAAAACCUUGGACAGACAGAAUGUGGUUAUGCUUUUUGCUGUCACUCUAACAGGCUUCAUUUUCCUGCUGACUGCAGGAGUGUUGGUAGUCAAGAUAAAAGAUGUGAAGUAUUUUCUACUGCCAACAGUUCCAGAACCAAAGAUCAAUGGCUUAGACACUCAGCUCCUUAAGAGUGGGAAAUCUGAGGAAAUCUUCAGAGCUCUGAUUACUCAGGGUUAUCCCCAAUUAGCCCAUGGCUCUGAGUGUCAAGUUGAGUAUCUUGUGGUCUCUGACAGUGAUGAGGAAAUGGAGUUUGAUGGGAAAGCUUAUCUUGAGGAACAGAAGGAGAACUUUCCAACGGAUCAUGCUCAAGUGAUCCCUCAAAAUACCAACCAGAUCAUCCAGAACAGCUGUCAGGAACUAAAUACCACACAGAGUGAGCAGAGUCCUACCCCAGGACAUGAUUCUCAGGACUGCAUACCUGAGAUUCAAGCUACAUUUAAAACAAUCCAUCCUGGGACUACAUCCUAUCAGCUAAGUGCCACCAGCAUAGACCAUCUUAGUGUCCUGGGAGUGACUCAGCAACUUCCUAACAUUGAUUAUCAUGGCUUGCAACUAAAAGCUCAGGACCACAAUGCAGCCGAAACUCAUUUGAGCUCCAGUAGUAAAUGUGACAAUGACCAGAGAAAAGUCAGCAUCACCCCUGCAGGACUUACGGGGUAUGUUGAGGUGGAUGAGGAGAAAGCGCUGGUAGGGGAGGACUACAGCAUGGUCAGUGAUGUUAUGAGGGAUAAUGUCCUUGUACUACAAAAAGACAACACCCCUGUACAGGGACACAAAGAGGUCAAAAGGGACAUAGCUUCUGAAUCUGAGGAGGUGAAAGAUGUCAUUGAAACUCUGGGAUAUUUGGAAACUGUGACAAUGUUGACUAUUUUGUGACUUCAACUUAUAAGAUGACUUGGGAUUAUCAUUGUUUUUUAUUGUCCUGUGGAAACUGUCAAAGCACUUUGUUUUCUUGGAUACAUACUUUCAGCUUUUCAGCUUUUAAUUUGAACAUUGUUUGUGUGCAAAAAGAGGACAGUCUUCUAGUAAGUAAUUCAUACUUUUUGAUAUACACAAGUAGUCAAAGGUUUGGACACACUUUGUUUCACAUGAUCUUAAAAACCUUUCAAUCUAAAGGCUUAUGUUAAAAAUUCUUAGUUAGUUUUGUAGACAAUUGUAUCUAAAUUUGAAUUUCUUUACAAAACUGAAAUUUUAUUUAUUCUUUUUUGGCACCACACUGAAAGCCCCAUAGCUCUAGGGGGUGGUGUGAUAAUUCUCUUAUCAUUUACUCACUCUUGUGCCAUUCCAGAUGUGUAGGACUUUCUUUCUUCUGCAGAACACAAUGAAGAUUUUUAGAAGAAUAUUUCAGCUCUGUAGGUCCAUUCAAUGCAAGUAAAUGGUGACCAGACCUUUGAAGCUCCAAAAAAUCUAUUUAGUAAAAAAAGACUUAAAUAUUGAUCUGUUUCUCACCCACGCCUAUUAUAUUGCUUCUGAAGAUAUGGAUUUAACCACUGGAGUCGUAUGGAUUACUUUAAUGUUGCCUUUAUCAACUUUUUGGGGCUUUAAAGUUCUGGUCACCAUUCACUUGCAUUGAAAUGACCUACAGAGC